CCCAUGCUACCGGGUUUGCGGUUCUGUAUGCCCUCCGCGGCAGCUCUAUUCGGAUCGUUCUGCCAUGGCUGUCGCAGCCGGGCGCGUAGUUUGUCAUUCCGCGGCUUUAGUGGGUCACCCCGACAGAACAGCCGGUGGAACAGUCAGGAUUCAAUUGACCUACCUACUGCGGAGAACCCACGAAUUCUCAUCACAGGCGGCCUUGGCCAGUUAGGUGUGGGGCUUGCAGAAAUCCUGAGGAAUCAGUACGGAACAGAAAACGUUAUCCUAUCGGAUAUUAAAAAGGCUCCACCAGAAGUGUACAGAAGUGGCCCGUUUGUGUAUGCUGACGUGUUGGACUAUAAGAACCUCAGAGAGUUGGUGGUGAAUAACCGCAUCACCUGGCUGGUGCAUUACAGCGCUCUACUCAGUGCUGUGGGAGAGGCCAAUGUGGCCCUGGCACGCAAGAUUAAUAUCACAGGCCUUCAUAAUGUGCUGGACCUGGCUCUGGAGAGCUGCUUACGUCUCUUUGUCCCUAGCACCAUCGGAGCUUUUGGCCCUUCUUCUCCCCGUGACCCCGCACCUGACCUGUGUGUCCAGAGGCCUCACACCAUUUAUGGGGUUUCCAAAGUGCACGGUGAACUGAUGGGGGAGUAUCUUCAUCACAAGUAUGGACUGGACUUCCGCUGCCUACGCUAUCCUGGCAUAAUUUCAGCUAACACACAGCCUGGGGGAGGAACAACAGACUAUGCUGUCCAAAUUUUUCACGAUGCACUCAGCACAGGUCACCACGAGUGCUAUUUACGCGCUGACACACGUCUGCCCAUGAUGCACAUUGGUGACUGCCACCGUGCGACUGUGGAGUUCAUGCAGGCCCCGGAAUUCCAACUGUCACUGCGCACAUACAACAUCGCUGCCAUGAGCUUCACCCCUGAGGAAGUUGCCAUGGAAAUCCGCAAGCACCUGCCCCACCUCAAGGUCACCUAUAACCCUGACUCUGUCCGCCAGACCAUUGCGGACAGCUGGCCAGUGAGGUUUGAUGACUCCAAUGCACAGAGAGACUGGGGCUGGAAGUCGACCUAUGGGCUUGAGGAGCUCGUCUCAGACAUGCUAAGCUCCAUCCGUGACAAGAAGACCAACGCCGGACUGCCAGUCAGCUAGCGGGCCCCACUCACAGACACUGACCUGCCAAUCACUAUUCCCUUAAAUCCACUUCAUUCUGGGUCUGCCUAUCACAACAGACCCUCUUUAACCAUAAUUUCCAAACCAGGAACCUUUUGUAUGUCAGCAAUAUUCUACAAAUAAACCAGGGACUAUUUUCAAACCAGGAGUCUUCAGCCAGAACCACUCAACUUGCCACGACAGUGGACACUGAAACCACACACGCACACACACACACACACACACACACACACACACACACACACACACACACACACACACACACACACACACACACACACACACACACACACACACACACACACACACACGGUAGGCAACAAGCACACGCUCUCAUAAUAGCAGCCUUACUCAUUUUAGGGAAUCAUACUGUCAAUCAUUCUCUUCUGUUGUGACUUUCUUCAGUUUAUGUUGUUUUAAUUGUGAUAGCGAUCAUUUAAGUACCAUAGCAGGUUUAACAUAAGCCUCAAACCUCUGGGGGAAAUAGGCUUCAGGCAAAUAAUUGUACAUAUAGUUAAGUCAAAUCAAAUCAAAUUAUAUUUGUCACAUGCGCCGAAUACAACAACCUUACAGUGAAAUGCUUACUUACAAGCCCUUAACCAACAAUGCAGUUUUAAGAAAAAUAAGUUUUAAGUAAAAAAAAAAAAAAGUUAACAAAAGUAAAAUAAAAGAAAAAAAUAAUUAAACAGCAGCAGUAAAAUAACAAUAGCGAGCCUAUAUACAGGGGGUACCGGUACAGAGUCAAUGUGUGGGGGCACCAGUUAGUCAAGGUAAUUGAGGUAAUAUGUACAUGUAGGUAGAGUACCCCUACCAUCAGUUUACAGUAUCUCAAGGGGUUGGCUUUCAUUUCCCUCUUGGCCUGCUGCAUUAGGGUAGUAUAGAGGGCACAGUGAAAUGACACAGCAGCAGUGAGAGAUAUAGGGAAACCUAUCAGGCAUAAUGGAUGCAGAAGAAACAGAAAAUCCACAAUGUUUAUAAAAAGGCCUGCCUUUACAACACAACUUCAGAAAAUGUUCAAAUAUCUUCAUAUUUCUUUACAGGCACAGUGUUAUUUUGGGUACAAAUGGGUACCAAAUAUAUUCAGAAUUGAAGCCUUAUUUUUAAUGAAAGACUUAUUAGAAAUAUAUUUGUGGGUAAUGAACA